AUGCCCGAUCUCUUCAAUGGAAAGCCUCGAUCCGAGGAUCCAAAGUCCGGCUUCAACGCAACCGAGUUCUUCGGAUCGCACGGACCGAGCGUCACUGAUCCUAUCGUCACGACGGCACUCUCAUAUAUGCGCGACCAGAUGGGUGUGUCGAAGAUUGCAACUGUGGGAUAUUGUUUCGGCGGCCGGUACGCAUUCCGCGCGCUUGGAUUCCCUCAAGGCAAGGCGGUGAAUGCGGCAUUUGCUGCUCACCCGACUUUGCUAAGUGAUGAUGAGAUCAAAGCAAUAUCAGGCCCCGCUAGCUUGGCCAUUGCUGAGAAGGACACGGGUAUGAAAAUACAAAGAAGGAUCGAGAUUGAAAUGGCUAUGGCACGCACUGGUCAGCCGUGGACUAUGAACUUGUACGGGGGUGUUCCGCAUGGAUUUGCAACCCAUCCCAAUCUUGAUGUACCUGUCGAAAAGGCUGGCAAGGAGGAUGCGUUUCUCCAAGCAGUUCGGUUCUUUGAAUCCUGGGUUUGA